GAGAUCACAGACAUUUGAGAAGAAGAAAAGCAGCGUGUGGUUAUUUUGCCAUGUCGGGUCUCCGGGUGAUCGAGCUCUACAGUGGGAUAGGAGGGAUGCAUUAUGCUUUAAAGGACAGUGGCAUACCUUACCAGGUAGUUGCUGCCAUCGACAUAAACCCCACGGCCAAUCAAAUCUACAAGCACAAUUUCCCAGACACCCCCCUAUGGAACAAGACCAUUGAGGGCAUCACACUUGAUGACUUCAACAAAUUAUCCUUUGACAUGAUCCUGAUGAGUCCUCCUUGCCAGCCUUUUACCAGGAUAGGACUUCAGGGGGACAUUGCCGACCCGAGAACAAAGAGCUUCCUCUACAUUCUUGAUCUCCUGCCAAGGCUGUGCAGGCGUCCCCGUUUCAUCCUGCUGGAGAAUGUGAAAGGCUUUGAAACCUCCUCUGCCAGGGAGCGUUUGGUGAAAACUCUGAUGGAAUGUGGAUACACUUAUCAGGAGGUCAUGAUCUCACCAACGAGUGUUGGGAUUCCAAACUCAAGACUGCGGUAUUACCUGAUUGCUAAGAGUUCCACUGAAAACUUCAGUACAGACACGUGUUCAAAGAUUUUAGAGGCCUUCCCACACUCUGCUGACAAUGAUUGUCCUGCCUUCCUGAAUCCUGCUGAGAGUAAUCCCCCUGAGGAGCCCACAGUCUCCAGCCCUUCUGAUCCUGAUGCCUGCCUGACAGGAGAAGAAGAUCCACAGAGGGAUCAGGUCCUGUAUAAACUAGAGACAAGGAUGGAUGCCCAGAGGAAGAUGAAUCAGAACAAAGAUGUGUCAGUCAGACAGAUACAAGACUUCCUGGAGCCACAAAUAGAAGACAACAUUGAAAACUAUCUCCUUCCUCCUAAAACUCUGCUGCGAUAUGCUCUGCUCCUAGACAUUGUUCAGCCCACAUGCAGGAGGUCUGUUUGCUUUACCAAAGGCUAUGGCCGCUACGUAGAAGGAACCGGCUCAGUGCUUAAGUGCUGCAUGGAAACAGAGAUGGAGAGUGUGUUUGGAGGCCUUGACCAGUACUCUGAAGAAGAGAAACUCCAGCAGCUGUUGAGACUGAAGCUUCGUUAUUUUACUCCCAGAGAAGUUGCCAACCUCAUGGGUUUCCCUCAAAGCUUCUCCUUUCCAGAGCAGAUCUCGACCAAGCAGAAGUACAGAGUUCUAGGAAACAGUCUCAAUGUUAUGGUGGUGGCAAGACUCCUGCAGCUGAUGGUCUCCUAGCUGUAAAGACUGGAGGAGGACAUUUUAUUUAUGGAGAAGAACGGUGCUGUGCCUGAAAGUGUACUUAUUGUUGGGGACAUGUCUGCUACAUUUGUAUACAUAAGUAUAACAUGUUUAUGUGUCAUUUAAAGCAGUAUGUGUCUCAAAGCUGAACUUGGAUAUUGUUUUGUUUUUUUUCUGAAGAGAAAAAAACGUUUUUUAUAUUGAUAAAGUGAAAAACGAGUAAGUGAGAUUUUCCAAGAUUGUUUAAUAUCUACCACUAUUUAUUUAUGAACAUAAUCUUGGCAUCUUCUGCCACUUGGGUUAUCCUUCAUUUUUUUAAAGCGUUUCUUUCAUCAUCAAACUUCAGAGAACAUUUUUAAUGUAAUUUAGACUAGAGCCUGACCGAUUUAUCGGCCAGCCGAUAACAUAGGUCGAUAUUAGUGCUAGCAGUUCUCUUUCACCAGCAGAGUGCGCUAUAUGGAUUACAAUGGACUGUAAAUAUUAAUAAACGAAGCCUGAGUGACAUCACCCAUCUUUUUAUGGCAGGGGGCUCAGGAGGAUCAUCGGCAGCAGCCGCUGUGCUGGAAAUGCUUUCUCAGCCUAACUUUCAGACAGUAUAAUGAAGACAAGAUGGUCUUCCUUAUUAGCCGAUACUGAUUGCCACUGGAUAACUAAUAGGCCGAUAUUAUCUGCUGGCUGAUGAAUCGGUCGGGCUCUAGUUAAAACCUUCGUUAUUGUAAACAUAAUACAUUGUCUAAUAGUUUGAAUGAUGAGGGAAACAGACAUGGACAAAACUAAACUGUAUAUUUAUGACUGUAUGUACUUUUUAAAAAUAUAAUUAAAUUGUUUUGGAAUAAAAAAAACUGUUCUGAAGGUC